AUGGAAGGAGGAAGAAGAGUAGUGGUCAAUAACUACGAUCUACAACAAGUGACAUCGUCGGCGACGAUCCAAGAAAAUAUGAACUUCCUCGUUCCAUUUGAAGAGACAAACGUCUUAACUUUCUUCUCUUCUUCUUCUUCCUCUUCCCUCCCCUCUCCUUCUUUCCCCAUUCACAACUCUUCUUCUACUACUAAUACUACUCAUGCACCUCUAGGGUUUUCGAAUAAUCUUCAGGUUGGAGGACCCUUGGGAUCAAAGGUGGUCAAUGAUGAUCACGAGAAUAUUGGAGGUGAAAUCAACAAUGAUGUCCAUUCUAAUUGGUGGAGAUCAAGUAGUGGCAGUGGAGAGAUGAAGAACAAAGUUAAGAUAAGGAGGAAACUAAGAGAGCCAAGAUUCUGUUUCCAGACAAAAAGCGAUGUCGAUGUUCUUGACGAUGGAUACAAAUGGCGAAAAUACGGUCAGAAAGUCGUCAAGAACAGCCUUCACCCAAGGAGUUAUUACAGAUGCACACACAACAACUGUAGGGUGAAGAAGAGAGUGGAGCGACUGUCGGAAGAUUGUAGAAUGGUGAUUACUACUUACGAAGGUCGUCACAACCACAUUCCCUCUGAUGACUCCACCUCUCCGGACCACGAUUGUCUCUCUUCCUUUUAA